CCGAGGCAUAUGGGCCAUAAUUCGAUAUUCGGCAUCUGGUGUUGUUGCAGGGAAAAUGAGCACGUGAGUAUGCCCACGGCCCGUAACGGACCGUGCUACUUGUAUUGCCAAAAGCCCUCUUCCCCAUCGGAAACGGAAGCUGCUUCCCCGAGCGAGGAUAACGAAACCAACAGAGCUUCUCUACGCCAAUCCAUAGAGCUUGAGAAGAAGCUAGAAACGGUAAUAAGGAGCUAUUUACGUUAUUUCCAUGCAGAGCACAAUUGCAUUCGCUAUCACGGAUAUCGCGGGUUUAUGGCUUCCUCCGUGCCUUCUCCACACUUAUUCCCUUCAAAUAGACCUGAGGUCUUGAAAACUUUCCUACUUCCCAUUGCUAAUCCAAAUACAUUUUUUGGUGCCUCGUCAAGAAAAAUGCCUUCACUGGAAUCAAAUUUUGUGCUUUCCACAGGCCAAGGGGAAUUGCCCGAUUACGGCAAUGAGCUCGUCUUCCAACGGAACCGACUCCCGGCCCGAGCAUAUCACAUUCCCGCAACGUCGCUUCUCCUUAAUGGGACGUGGGACUUUCAAUACGCCACUAAUCCGCUGGAGGCGCCAGAGCCCAGAAAGCACGAUUCAAGAGUAAGCAGUGACAUAGAGAGUGUCCUUGAGGGCACCACUUUGGACACUCCGGACCAUUCGAUUCAGGAUACUGAAUCAAGCCUCCAAGCACCAGACCUUGAGUGGACUAAAAUCAACGUGCCCGGACAUUGGCAGCUCCAGGGACAUGGCAGGCCUCAGUACACGAAUGUGAUAUAUCCAUUCCCGGUGUGCCCGCCGCAUGUGCCCACAGAAAACCCGACGGGCACAUACCGCCGCACUUUCUCCGUGCCAUCGGCUUGGGACGAAUCUUCCCAGUUGAGACUCCGAUUUGAAGGCGUUGACAGCAGCUUUCAUGUUUGGGUCAAUGGACAUCCUGCCGGCUACCACCAAGGAUCGCGGAACCCGAGCGAGUUUGACGUUAGUGCCUUUGUGACGAGGGAUUCUAUCAAUGAGAUCUCGGUACGGGUUUAUCAGUGGUGCGACGGGUCUUAUAUUGAAGACCAAGAUCAAUGGUGGUUAUCAGGAAUAUACAGAGAUGUAUACCUACUUGCGUUUCCUGGAGAGGCUCGCAUUGAGGAUUUCUUCGUGAAGACUAUCCUUGACGAGCAAUAUAAGGACGCAACGUUGGCGGUAUCGCUGGAUCUGGCGCUGACCGUUGAUGUUGAAGUCUCCUUAAGGCUCAGAGACUCCGCUCAGGGCAACCAGAUUGUGAAAUCAGACACAUUUUCCGUCCAGGCCGACAAGUCAAAAAUUGAUUUAUCUCUUCAAAUUCCUGCACCAAGAAAGUGGACUGCUGAGACUCCCACGUUAUAUGGCCUUGAGAUCACCCUUCGCUCAAAAGCUCUGGACAAGACUUUGCAAACAAUUUCACACAACGUCGGCUUCAGGUCUGUUGAACUCAAAGAUGGUCUAAUGUGUGUUAAUGGAUCGCCUAUCCUUCUACGUGGCGUGAACCGACAUGACCACCAUCCUCACCAUGGUCGGGCGGUUCCGUUGUCAUUCAUAAAGAAGGACCUUCUUCUAAUGAAACAGUACAACGUCAAUGCUCUUCGUUGUUCUCAUUACCCUUCCCAUCCGCGACUCUAUGAGCUGUGUGAUGAGCUUGGCCUGUGGGUUAUGGACGAAGCGGAUUUGGAGUGCCACGGGUUUUACGAUGCCAUCGCCAGACCGCUUAACAUUCCGGAAGAAAUGGACUACGGUGAACGCAAGAAGCUUGCGUUCCCUCAAGCCGCUGCAUUCACAUCGGAUAACGAUGUGUGGAAAGACCAGUACAUCGAUCGCAUGGAACAGGUUCUGCACCGGGACAAGAAUCACGCAUCUAUCAUUAUCUGGUCUCUAGGGAACGAAGCGUUUUACGGAAAGAAUCACCAAGCCAUGUACGAUUAUGCCAAACGUGUCGAUCCAGGCCGCCUUGUUCACUAUGAGGGUGACGCAGAUGCCCAGAGUGCCGAUAUGUUUUCAUACAUGUAUCCUUCGGUAGAGACGCUACUUAAACUAUCGAAAACGGCUGGCGUGGACGGCGAUAAGUUUGAGAAACCAAUGAUUCUCUGCGAGUAUGCCCAUGCGAUGGGCAAUGGCCCAGGAGGCCUCGAGGACUAUCAGGAAGCUUUCAGAGAUAACAAGAGGCUCCAGGGUGGAUAUAUAUGGGAGUGGGCCAAUCAUGGUUUAUGGACAGGGUCCGAAUCGGAACGAGGUGGGUUUUACGCUUACGGAGGUGAUUUUGGGGACACUCCAAACGAUAAUACAUUUGUCAUGGAUGGGUUAUGUUUUAGCAACCAUACGCCUACUCCUGGUUUAGUAGAGUUCAAAAAAGUUAUAGAGCCAGUUAGAGCUUCAGUGAGGGACGAAGAUAUCAUUAUUGAGAACGGCUACGACUUUGUUGAUCUGCAGCACUUGGUUGCCGUAUACAAGUUGGAAUCUUUCACCGAUAGUACUCAAAUAGGACCAUCUGGCGAGCUGCCUCUUCCUGACGUCAAGCCCGGCGAAACAGCUACAGUGCGUCUUUCCCAGGAUAUUCUUGACUACCUGAAAGCGUCGGGCGGGUGGUUAACGGUGAGCUUCCGCCUUCGAGCCUCGACUUCUUGGGCCGAUGCUGGCCACGAAAUAGCCUGGUUCCAGCAUCGUCUUAUCCAGACCGAUUCUCCCACAGCUUCCGUACCUCAAUAUCCGGCCUCUCAAUCCAGCGCUCUCCAACUCCGCAGUUCAAAAGUUGAAUAUUCCGUUGGAAAUUCCGACUUCGACAUUAGAUUUUGCCGCGCACGCGGGUCUAUAACAUCGUGGACUGUGGGGGGAGUCCCACUCCUUGCCCUCGACCCGGAGACCCGAGCAGCUAUUAUACCAGGAUUCUGGCGCAGUCCAACUGAUAAUGAUCGCCCCAAAGACUACCUAUACUGGACGCACUAUGGCCUUGAUAUGCUCACUUCUCAGUUGCGCGAUUUCACCAUCGAGAGUGUCGAUGCAUCCACAAUCCACCUGAAGAUCAAAACUUACAUUUCUCCUCCCAUUCUCGCUUGGGGAUUUGACUGUACUCUAACUUAUACGAUUUCUUCAUCCGGCUCUGUGAGGAUAAAAGCACAUAUCCUUCCAUGCGGGCCAUUUCCCGCCUAUCUUCCACGCGUUGGUCUCGAUGUUCGCCUCGCGAAGAACCUGGAGAACGCAUCUUGGUUCGGACUAGGUCCUGGCGAGUCAUACGCUGACAAGCGCUCCGCUCAACGAGUUGGGAUCUGGGACAAGACGGUCGAGGAACUGCACACGCCUUAUGAAGUGCCGCAGGAGAACGGGAACAGGAUGGAUACGAGAUGGGUGAAGAUGGCUAGCCAGUCAGGGGCGGGAAUCCAGGCUUCGAGAGUCUCUGAAACGGGCGAUGGUAUGCUUCAGUGGGCAGCAAGCCAGUAUUCUCCAAAGGUGCUUGAGAAGGCAAGACACCCCAGAGAUUUGGUGGUUGAGGAUGAUGGGGCGGUGUUGUGGAGAGUUGACGUGGAGGGUGCUGGGGUUGGGUCAGCAGCUUGCGGGCCGGGGGUCGCGGAGGGCUCGAUGGUCAAGUGUGAGGAGGUCGAGUUCGAGAUCGUACUUGAUGGCGUGUUGGCAUGAAUUGCAAUCGCGAAGAAUUUGCGGGC